AAUUAAUAUCAAUAUUUGCAUGCAACUGUCGUAAUUGCUUCUUUAUUGUGCAGUAAAAACAAUUUAAGGGCACGUGAGGAAUUUUUUUUCUCUACAUUUUUGUGAGAAAGAAACGCGAUUUUCGAAUUAUCUGCCGAGAUUGAUCUCUCGUCCUUGAAGGUUCGCGUUGUACACGUACGAUGUCGCCACGCGCCCGAUGCUGCUGCCCCCGCGAAGCGCCUCCGGAGCUUUUCUGCCACUGGUAGGCCAUAAAAUCGGCCAUUACUCCAACAUUUUUGUCGCGCACGAGGAGCCGCGAGCGAUACGCGAUGAGGAGGCCGCGGUCGAGUUGAUGAGUCUCCUAGCCGGUCUGUAUGAUGUCUGAUGCCACGGAAAGCAUGAUCGGGAAUAACAGGACGAUGCCCAACAUCAAGCAGGAAAUCGAUAACCCAACAACGCCCACGCAAAAUUAUCAAGUGUGUUCGCCAACCACGACUCUUCAGCAUCAGGAGUCGAUAUGCACGAAAUUAGACCUCGGACCGGAUUACGGCAACGGUCGCGACAACGGUAGUCCCGAGAGCCCAGAGAUGCAUCAUUGUUCUUCGACGACGCAGCCGUUGGGAACUUCAGAGGACGGCGUUAAGGAAGAAGAUAUGAUGCCUAGGAGGCUUUGCCUUGUCUGCGGUGACGUUGCGAGCGGUUUCCAUUACGGAGUUGCCUCGUGCGAGGCGUGCAAGGCUUUCUUCAAGAGAACUAUACAAGCCAGUAAUUUUACAGGAAACAUCGAGUACACUUGUCCAGCGAAUGGGGACUGCGAGAUAAACAAACGAAGACGUAAGGCGUGCCAGGCGUGUAGAUUUCAGAAAUGUUUGCGACAGGGAAUGCUGAAGGAAGGUGUGAGAUUGGAUCGCGUCCGAGGCGGUCGACAGAAGUACAGAAGAUCCACGGAUCCUUACACGCCAGUCAAGAAUGCUACGCUAGAGGCUAACGUAGCGUCGGCAGGUUCUACCGAAACGAUAAAGGCACAUCGUGUCUCGUCUUUUGCAGAUAAUAAGAUGGUUGAAGCCUUGGCGGGUUGCGAGCCAGACAUGCUUCAAGUGUCCAAUAUCCCGAAUGUCCUGGAGACAGAUCAGAGAGUUCUCGGACAAUUAUCGGAUCUCUAUGAUCGAGAAUUAGUCGGCAUAAUCGGUUGGGCCAAGCAGAUCCCAGGGUUCAGCAGUUUAGCGCUGAAUGAUCAAAUGCGACUUCUGCAGAGUACUUGGGCCGAAAUAUUAACUUUCACUCUAGCGUGGAGAAGUACACCUAACACUGGCAGAUUGAGGUUUGCACAAGAUUUUUCACUAGACGAAAGACUCGCACGCGAAUGUCAUUGUAUGGAGCUCUACACACAUUGCAUCCAAAUCGUGGAGAGGCUUCAGCGAUUGAGUUUAACGCGGGAGGAAUAUUACGUGCUGAAAGCAUUGAUCCUAGCAAAUAGUGAUGCUAAAUCCGACGAGCCUCAGGCGCUCUACCGUUUUCGAGAUUCGAUCUUGAAUUCUUUGUCGGAUUGUGUAGCGGCAGUCAGACCAGGUCAAGCACUUCGCGUCACGCAAAACAUGCUGCUAGUGCUACCCAGUCUCAGACAAGCUGAUGGAAUUGUCAGACGUUUCUGGUCCAGUGUGUAUAAGACGGGCAAGGUACAGAUGAACAAGCUCUUUGAAGAGAUGCUGGAAAACGUUUGUUAUCGAUGAGAUACGCUUGAUUGUCGCAAAUUCGAUAACUUGACCGCACGUCGCCAGGAUGCUGUUGUUUAUUGUAAGCUGACGAUGUUUGCCUCUAUCAACGUAAUUAUAUAUUAUUGUACAUCAUUAUUUCGGGUACGUUUUUUGGUGCCGUUGCGCCAUUGAAGACAUUAGUGAGUGGAUAGUGCGUGAGAGAAACGGAGUUAUCGAUUCUUUUUAUUUUCAAAAUAAACUCGUGAGUUUUUAUUCUUUUUUUCUUUCUUUUUGCGUGGGAAAAGGAUGUUGAGAGUGGAAAUUCGGACAGUGUCUCUGGCGUUGUGAUUCACGAAUUGAAUUUUAAAUGGCAGAUAUGAAUAGUCUUCGUUAAAAAUAUCCAAACUUUCCUUUUCGAGUACCCCAUUUACAGGUACAGAAAGAAAGAAAGAUGAAAGAAGGAAGAAAAAAAAUUGUAACUUUUAUGUUGAAACAUAACAGUACAAGAUGCGAGAAGACUUUCAGAGUACUCAUUUUAGAAUAGGCAUAUGUGGCAGCCAAUUGUUGGCUUUAUUACCAAAUAAAGUGUUUCCGUUUGAUCGUCACGAUCACAACACUAAAUAUAAUAGUUAGAUAAGAUGUAAUAACUGUGGGUGUUUAUAUAUAACGUUGUAGUCACGAUAUCGUAUUAAGAAUCAAAAUUAUUGUUAUUGAACGAGAUUUUCUCUAUUCUCUUAAUCAUUGUUUAUUAAAAAAAUUUUUUUUUAAAUUCACUUUCUGUAUCCCGACAAGAGCGAUUUGGAAUCGUGCGUCUUUUAACGCAUUUACAUACACAUAUAUUAUCUGUCUCUUUUGCAUUAGCACUUGUAAUUAUAUAAUAGCUUAAAUGUGAAGAGAAAUUGAAUAAUAUUAAUCGAUAUAUUUGUGAUAGCUGUAUUGAACAUCCAUAGUUAUAGUGAUGUAGAGAUACGUCUUUAUGCUAUUAUCCUAAAUUACAUCUUUGUACAAUAUAAAUGAGAUCAGUUAAAAUGUGUGUGAGAAGUCAAGCAGAAGAUAGAUAGCGAGUAGAACGUUUGAAUUGUUCCUCAAUCGGAGACACGUCACUUUUAUUCAAAAUUUGUGGAUUGUAUAUUGGAAAUAUAUUUUAAGAAUUACCGGCUAGAUUAUUGCCAUAUUGUCGUGCUUUCGUUAACGGUAGAAGUAUUUACCCGGUUAUUAAAACAAUCGCGUUAUGUUAUUUGCCCGUGCCACACAAGAGAAAGAACAGAAAAAUAUAUUAUUACUAAUAUAUAAUAAUUAUUAUUAUUUUUACAAUCACAUUACGAUCAUUAUUAUUACAUUAAUAUAUAUACAUUAAUAUUAUUAUUACCAUUAUUAUAUUCAGGGAUCUUUAUUAUCUAGUUAUCACUAUUAUUGUUACGAAAAUCAGCGAGCAUAAUAUCAUCACACAGUACGUUGAUGCGCGACGAACGUAACAUAUGCCUUUCACGAUGGGGAAUUUUAAGGAAAGAACGAGAGCUAUAUUAUAGAAAACGAGUAAGUUUCAUGAAGCUUUGUUUGACGACUAAUGCAAGUCGCAAGUCUACGGCGAUUUUUAUCAACUUAAAAUUAACCUGAAAUUAUUUCAGUUAUUUGAAGAAACUCGUUUAGCUUUUUAGCUACGAUUAACGAAUCAGGAAAGUCAUUUGCCUAACAAACAAUUAAAUUUCAGUUUAGUUCUUUCUUAUCUGUUUUUUUAUCUGUUAUCUUUUGCUUAUUCAUUUCUUAUAUACCUAGAGUUAAAAUUUGUAGUAAAAGGUAGUGUUGUACAUUUCUGUCCAAUUAGAGAAUCAUAUUUUUCGAAACACAGUGAUCGAAAUAGUAAAAGCCGCCACGGACCUCGUACUUACAUCGCGAAACUAUCGUUAUGGGUUUAGAGUGCAAUAAAGUCAGGACACGCAAUUUAUUUUCCUUCUUAAUAAAAAGAUGACAUCCUUUUGCUCUUCUUUGAUUGUCUCAUCUGCUAAUAGAUUACAAGCGUUUUUUCUCCUUAUUCUUUUUGCAUUUAAAUCUGUGAAAAACAAUUUGUGGCUCGAUCUCGAACUCGCUGCUCUUUCUUUCACAAUUCUCUAGUAAUCUAUUUUCUCGAUUAACUAACAUAAUAAAGAAAAAAAAGAAAAAAAAAUCGAAUUGAUUGUUGCAGGCCAUGUCGAAUUUUUUCGUAUUGUAUUCAAACAGGACGCGCGAUUUUUUAGCUAACUAUUUUGUUCUCUUGAAAAUAAUGAGACUUUAGAAAAUUGUUAUUCAGAAAAUAUAAAAACGUCUAAAAGGCAUUGUAAAAUGUUCUUUGGGGGGAAAAAUCUUUUAAUCGCCUACAUUGUCUGAGUAACGUUUUCUUUUCUCUGAAAAUAAAAUCCGUUUACAACGGAUAAGUUUCCACCAAUAUUACAGCGACAUCAUUACAAUAUUGUUGGAACACUGUGCUAAUGAGUGCAAUACGCAUCAAAAGUUCUGUAAAAAAAAAAUACAAAAAUGUCUAAAGUUUUACUUCGAAGAGAGUUUUGUGUUUCGCCAUGUCAUGUACGUCAACAUAUCUCAAGCUCAUUAAAACAAAAAUGUUUCCCCUCCGAUGGCAUUCUCUAUGUAACGCGAUACUGACGUUUUUCUUUGUUUUCGUUGAGGCCAACGAGCUUUCUCGCUUAACUGUGAUAUUCGCGUUUUUACUGGGCGCAUUACAGAUUCCACUAUUGCUGGAAUCAAUCUGUAGAAUUAAUAUUUUCUUGUUUCCCCCUUUUAUUGUUGAACGCGUCGAAGGAACCGCGGUGGUGUUAAAAUAUCCGUCUCCAGAUACGUUCGUUUAAAGUUUUCGUGUAUCUCGUCCCAAUUCCUUCCACUUGAGAGACAAAUCAGAACCUUUUUUGGCGAGGCGUUUCCUUUCGUGCGUUAUGCCGUCGAUUUUUGUCCUGACUUCCUCCUUUCUUUCUUCACGCAAAUUCUGACUCACGAUUCCGUUUCUCUUCUUCGCAAUUUACAUUUAAUUACUAACAAUUUUGUGCAUCUCCUGCUAUUUUGAUGUCGCAAAGUUACCUUUCCCGAGGCUCUCCAAUCGCGCCGACGCGAUAGACGCAGAAAAAUUUUAUGGAUGUGCAAGAGCAAAUAUUUUGGCGUGCGCGUCACGCGUCUCAUCGAAGAGAGAUAAGAAAAAGAGAAAAAGAAUGAGAAAGAAGAAAGCAAAAACCGUCAGGUAUUUUUGUGUGACCGGAUUAUGAAGUUUCAUACUUUUUCGAGCAUUUUUCUUUGUACAUAUGUAAUCACACCGAUUCGCCGCGGCGCGCGGUAGAAUCGUAGUCUCAGGGUUGCAAGCGAGCAAACACGAUACAAACGUAGGCACAUUCAAAUAGUUAAGCCGUGCGAAUAUAUAUCUCUGUCAACAAAUAUUAUAGGAGUAGUAGAUAAAACGAUAGAUUUAAUUAAGAGAAAAGAAUAAGACAAAAAGUGCGAUACGUUGUUUGUAACAGGAGGUUCGCGGGAGGCGACAAAUAUGUGCGGAAACGAAAGGAAAGCGAACGAGGACAAGGGUGGAACGAAUUAUAUCGAUAAAAGUAAAAUUUAUUAUUGUGAGGCGUUAUAAGAUGAUUAUGAUUUUAAUUUCCGCGGUGAAGGAUGUAUGCUCCCAAAUCGUUGAAUUUUAUAAAAAUUCGCGCUUUGUUGACGCACGUCGGACUGGCCUCGAAAGGCCUUCCAGUUUGUUUGUGGACACGCGCGAUUUGUCGGACGGUGAUUUGUUAUUUCAUUGAGAUCUCUUAUUAUAGAGGAUGAUUAAGGGUUACGUGUAAUUUACCGUUGGCGGGAGAUCUUAAGAUACGGCGAAGGUUUUUUCAGGACGAGGGUAUGAAAAUUGUAUAGCGCUAAUAAUCCAUGGCUAAGUAAGUUCCUUCGGCGAUAGAGAUCUUGCCCUUUUGAUUUUGCGAUACGAGAACGCAUCUACACUGAGAGUGUAUUAUAAAUAAUUUAUGUAGUACACUGAAAAAAAAUAUUUUUAUUAGUAAAUAAAUUAUUAUAUUAGGUAAUACUUUAGUAUCAUUUCCUUAAUUUGAAGAGAUAUUUUGCAAGUUUAUAAAGAAAUUUUAUAUUUGCUGAUAUUUAUUCAAAAGAAAAAUGAUACAAAAAAUAAGUAUAUUUGUUUAAUAAUAGCAAUUUUUUCAGUGUAUGUUAUAAAUGCGGGAUAUAUGUAUAUAUGGCACGCGGGCUGCGAUUUUGAGAUUUUUUUUAAAUAUUUGUAAAGAAGGCUGUUUGUAAGUGCGAAUUUUCGGACGAUCGCGUCUCUCUUCGGAUCUUUAAUUAUCGUAAUGUAAAAAUUGUGCGAAAUUGUUGAACUUUUUUAGUUUCUUCGUUAUCUUAUGAAUCAUUGCUUUUUUCUGUCUCAAGUCGAUAUGAUUCGCUUCUGCAAGAAGAGAGAUACCGCUUCUAUGAUGAUUAUAAAUAUGUAUGUAGAACUUUGUAAUUAUGACGCGGUAGAUUCAUAAUUUUUAUAUGUGUGCAUACUGGAAGUGUGAAAAUGAGAGAGAGAGAGAGAGAGAUUAGUGUGUAUUUGUGAAAAAGUCGAAUAGUAUAACAGUAGCAUCAAUGUUGUCGAUGCAACGCAACUGCAAGCGAUGCGUCACGAAAUUUCAUAACGCGAAUAAUUAAAAUAGCCGUAUGAAAGAGAGAGAGAGAGAGAGAGAGAGAGAGAGAGAGAGAGAGAGAGAGAGAGAGAGAGAGAGAGAGAGAGAGAGAGAGAGAGAGAGAGAGAGAGAGAGAGAGAAGAUGAGUGUAUGUUAAUUAAGAUGAUAUCUACAACGAGAUGCAAAAAAUAAAUCAACAAACGACACGCUGUAUGGAACUACCUCGGUAA